AUCAGCCGGCCGGCAGGAGGGGAGUGAAUGGGUCUUGCACGCAAAGCAGAAAAGCGCUGAAACUGCGGAGAUUUACUUUGGUUCAGUUGCCUGCAGCCGACAGCGACCGAGAGGAGGUGUGUGUUUGACAUCCAGAAGAACUACAACAGUCUUCAACUUACACGUGUUUUUAUUACUAGUGUAAGUCCAGUUGUGGCUUUUACUUUUGUGCUUAUGAUGCUGGGAUGAAGCCGAGAGCCUGAGCGCGCCUGGCACCUAAAGGUAUCCACACACCGGGACGCACGGCGCAUCUCCCCUCAGAGAGACAGGGACGAUUUGAAGAAUUUGGAGUUCUGCACAUGGAUAUGAUAUCUUAGACUUUUUGAGAGUCAUGAUUAUUAUAAAUAAUCAUUUAGUUAAUCUUUUCGACCUUAACUAAUGAUUGGUUUUGCUUUACUCCUGGAUGAGAAUUUUGGCGUGUUUGUUUCUUGUUUUAUUGGAAGGCAUGUUCUUUACCACAGCACGGAUAACGGAUCCCUGACUCAGUCUGGCUUUCUCGGCACAUAUGAAGAUACUGUCCAGGAUGUUACAGUCUAAGCGGCCCAGGCAUCUUUGGGCCGUACACUACCAUCACCACAUAUCACCAGCACAUAGCUGGGGGUCCUGCUGUUUCUAGGAAUUACCUAUCCUCCACACUCUGCCACUGUCAGUGGGAAGAAAACGGAAACUCAUCCAAUAAGUGACUUGGUAACAUUAACAUUGGCUUUACGAGUCUCAUCUCUGGGCUACUAUGCAAUUACAACUGAUCUCCUUUGUUUUGAUCAUCUUGCACUGCAUGGAUUACACUGGAUGUCAGCAGCACAGCAGCUCCAGGCACCGGCAACAUAAACAGAUCUCUGGUGUGAGCUCGGGGUGCCAGCAGGGUGGCUGUCUGACCUGCUCUGACUACAAUGGCUGCCUGUCCUGCAAGCCACGCUUCUUCAUGCAUUUGGAGAGGAUUGGGAUGAAGCAGAUCGGCGUGUGCAUGACUUCCUGUCCUCCGGGCUUUUACGGCACACGAUCCCCAGAAAGAAACACCUGCACAAAGUGCAGGUCGGACUGUGAGUCCUGCUUCCACAAGACCUUCUGCACACACUGCCGAGCAGGAUUCUACCUUCACCAGGGCAAGUGCCAGGAGAACUGUCCCGAAGGGAUGGUGCGGAACGAAGCACAGAGGGAGUGUGUUUACAGAUGCCCUGCAGAGUGUGAGGUGUGUGUGAGCAGUGACACAUGCACACGGUGCCGGCCCGGCCUGUAUCAGCUCAGCGGGACGUGUCACCAUGUCUGUCCAGAGGACUACGAGCCCAAUGACAAACUCAUGGAGUGCACACCACAAGUGCACUGCGAGGUGGGUGAGUGGAACGAGUGGAGCCCCUGCUCUCGCUCCGGGAGAACCUGUGGGUUCAAGCGGGGCCAAGAGACCCGCACACGGCAGGUCCUCCAGUACCCAUCGCCCUUUGGCAAUCCCUGCCCUGAGAUCUCUGAGAUCAAAGAGUGCCUGCUCAAGAGGAGGAAAUGCCCAGGUGAAAGGAGGAAGAAUGAGCGAAAAGAACGGAGGAAUCGCAACAACCGUAAAGAUAAGGAGAACCCAGGGGGGCGACGGGAGAGAAAAAUAGAAAGGGAGCGUGAGAGGGAGACAGGUGAACGUGAGGACUCUGAUAUCAGGAACAAAACGGAGCACAGGCGUCGACGAGGCCAUGAAACAGACCAAGUUACACCUGCAGUUGGACUCGUACAGUAGUGCGAUGGACAGACAAAGUCUAGCGCCUCCCCAACCUCCUCCUGUCAUCCUCCACUUCUAACUUCUCCAAAACUCCCCCAUCCUCACCCACUGUUAACCCCCCUCGACCCCUCUCUGCAGGGGUGUUGCUGCUACCUGUAUGAUUUUAAUAUAAUGUUUAUGCACAAGCGGGAUGGGGCACAUUCAGCCACAAGGCUAGGGGCCACGAUGGACUUUAAGAAGUCCUUUUUUUCCCCCUGUAGCCGCUACUACUCCUUCACUUCCACCACUGAGAGUGUCUCUGAUGAAAGGUGCAGGAGACACUGCUGAGACGAAGUGAGAAAUGUCUGUGACUGUGGAGGACUGGUGGACAGAAAGACAGACGGACAGAGAGACUAAGACAUUAUACUAUGUGCUUGUUGAUAUGGUUAUUUAAUGGGGCCCUGGUACAACAUUGCGCGUCAUGGUUUUUGAAUGUAGAUUUUGCAACAUUAUGUAGAACAAUUGUUUAUUAUUGUUGUUCCUGUUCUUUAGAUAUCUUUACUUUAUUUUAUUUGGUGCAGAAUUUGUAAAGAAAAAAAUAAAAGUGUGUUUGCAAUUGCCAUCUUGUGACAUCUUCAUAAUCACAACAAAUGUCAGAUGUAGGAGGUCCUGCAUGCUGUGAACCAAAGUCAAUAAAUAAAAAAUAAAAACAUUAA